AUUUCCAGGCAAUAACGAACUAAGUGAAGUGAAAAGCAAGUUCUAUGAAAUAGCUCGCUUCCCGACAGUUAUUGGUACUAUUGAUUGCACUCAUGUUCGUAUCAAGUGCCCCGCAAAGAAUGUUGGCCAAGAAAUGGCUGGCCAUUUCUUAAAUAGAAAAGGGUUUUACUCUUUGAAUGUGCAGAUUGUGUGCGAUGCCGAUUGCAAAAUUAUGGAUAUUGUAGCUAGAUCUCGUGGAUCAAAGCAUGACGCCAUAAUUUGGAGUGAUUGCCGGCUUAGAACCAAAUUGGAAAUGAGGAGCGACCACAACGGCGUGUUGCUUGGAGAUGCAGGUUAUCCACUGUCUACAAUACUAUUAACGCCAGUAAGGAAUCCAUCCACCCCUAAAGAGGAAAG